AAUAAAAAAGUGCAUACCAUGACAUAAUAAUGGAAAAUCAAAAUGACAGAAACUUCAAGCAUUCCCUCAUUCAGCAUCAGUCCGAAAACGCGAAAUAAAAAAGCUAUACCCCAUCGGGUGAUGUCAUAUGCCAAGUGGAGGGGUUUCAAGCUAAGGAAAAAAAAGCUUCUGUCUAAAAAGUCAAAGCUUCCUUUCUUUUGUCAUCGUUCUCAACCCAGGUAUUCGACCUAAUUCCAUAACAUCAUGUCUGAUCCAUACGACCCUUACCCACCUAACUCGCCGGUCCCAGCUCCAGAAGGACAGCAUAAAACCGGCCGUGUGCAGCAACAAGUCGAUGAUGUUGUUCACAUCAUGCAAGAUAACAUUGAUAAAGUUAUGAAGCGUGGUGAACGGCUUGAUGAUCUGAGAGGAAAGACCGAGGAUCUCCAGUCGACGUCUACCCAGUUUCGACGAGGGGCUAAUCAAGUGAGAAAGCGAAUGUGGUGGAAGGAUUUUAAGUGGAGAAUUAUCAUUGGUGUGAUAAUUCUCGUGAUCCUUGGAGUCAUCAUUGGUUCCAUUGUUGGCACCCAGGUUCACAAGAAAAACCAGCAGGAUGAUCAAUCCCAAGAUCAGCAGCAGCAGCAGCAGGCGCAACCACAGAAUCAACAACCACAAAGCCCGCAACAAAACGUGCCACAAGAUUCACAGCCAGAAUCAGCCCCCGAUCCAGCUCAAAAUGCGCCUCAACAGUAACGGGAUUUUCCCUCAAUUGACAGGAAUCCAGGCUUCAACCUAAUAUUCGGUACUCACAUUACUUACUUUAUGGAUCUUUUCUUUGUGAUUUAAUACACUGUACAUAUCUAUUUUCAUGGAAAGAAAAAGAAGCGCGUGAUCAGUUAUCCUUCAAGCCUUUGAUAUAUAUAUAUAUAUAUAUAUAUAAUGACUAGUGAAAAAGAAAUAGUGCACAAGAUUGCUCAUCCAAUAGAGUUAGGUGCUAUGUGAGCUAAUGCACCUUCCCAACUGCAGGACAGCAUGUAGAGACUUGAUACACCUUCAUUUAAAUGUU